AUGGAAGCCAAAAGCAGGUUUAGUCUUCGACAAGAUAGCUCCUCAUUUGAAGAUCUUGAUGGUAAAUUCUAUUAUUUGAACACUGCGCCAUCAUUGAAAUCAUCAGUAACGUCCCAAUUUAAAUCAAGCUUUCUUGAUAGGAGAGAAGAAUUAUCAUCAAAACCAAGCAUUUCGAGCACCGGCCUUUCCAGUCCGAACUCACUUGAAAAAGUGCAUGCGCUCCGAGAUACUGAGGCAGAUUCAAGUAUAAGAUUUGACACUUCUGAAGAUUUCUGCAUGCUACCUGUUUCUCCUCAACGCUAUGUAGGAAAUUUCCAAAAAAAUUACUUGCUUCCCCGUGAGAGAACGAAACCAUUGGAAAAAAUCCCUAUUUUUUGGGCAAAAACCUGCCCUCUGUGCCGAACAAAAAUUUUUUAUGAAAAAAAAAAUUGCUAUAUAGGUAAUAAUUAAUAUAAUGAAGAAUCGAGCUAAUUCUGUUUAAUACUAAACAAAUUGUGUUUUAAAACAUAAAUUUUACAAAUUAAAUUAAUAAUUGCUUUCCAAUUUUUGCGAAUUGAGAGAUAUUAUUAAAUUUUGAAAAAAAAAACUAUUAAAAUUUAUAUAUAAAUUUUUUAAAAAAAGAAAAAAUAAUCCCUUCUGUGUGAGCGAACAAAAUUUUUUCGUUCGCUCAUGGAGGGGAGAGUUAGAAUGUGGCCAGUGGCCAGAUACAACUCCAGACGAGCAGACAAAUUUAAAGAAAAAAUACCAGCAGCUUCAAAAAGAGUGUGGAAAAUCUGAAGCUGCUAGAGCCAAGCUUGAAAGUGAGCUAGAGGCGUAUAAAAGAGGGAAAAUCCCAUGUAAUAAUUGCAAAAUAUUAAAAGAGAAAAAUAAAGCGACUAAAAGAGCGUUAGAAGAGGCAGUGCAACUCAGCAAUCUUUUACUAAGCGAAGUUCACAGACUGGACUCUGAACUGAGACAGCCCGAAUUCUCACCGAGAAGCAAUAAAAAGGUUACAUUUACAGGUUUCAAAAUGUAA